AUGGAAACCAGGCGAUGUGAAACGGAGGAUAUUCAGACGCCUGCACUGAAACGUGUUCGCUUUGCAAGCUCGGUAUCCUCCAAUGAUGCCACAUUGCUGGCUAUUGCAACUGAUGCCGAUCAAGUUGAAGCGCGAACUCUCGAAUGGUUCUCUCCUGCAUAUACUUACCAUGCGUUCGGUACCAACGAGACCAUCGACGGCUAUACAGGCCUUAAAAAUGCAAUCAUUUACAAUGGUUAUGACUUUAGUGCGCUAUUAGAUGUCAAGUUUGACGAUAAAGAGAAUACAGCCAUUGAUGUUGCAGCAAAAAUGAAAUCAUCGCUACCAAAAGCAUGUAUUCAAGACAAAGAGAAGUUUGUAGCUAUGCUGCGUGAAGCAACGGCUAGCUUCACGGGGCCUCCGGGAAAAUGCAUCAAGGCAUAUAGCUUCAAAAGACCAGCAGAUGGUGCCAUUCAGUCAGUAGAACGACGCUUUGAGAUCUACGAGUGCAUUUUGGAGGACAAUGAAGCUGCUCAGAGACUUCUUGCAAACCUUCAAACGUUGUCGCUUUGGUUUAUUGAAGGUGCCGAUGCUGUAGAUGUCAAAGAUCCGCGAUGGGUAAUAUAUUUGACCUACGAGCGGGUGGAAAAUUGUUUCCAUCCAGUUGGAUUUAUCACUGUUUUCAAAUUUAUCAAUCCAUUGAGACGGAAGACUGCAUUCAACAAGCCGGAACAGAACGAGACUCACCGCGUUUGUCAAGCCCUAAUCUUUCCACCUUUUCAACGCCAAGGCCAUGCUGAGCGUCUAGUACACUCUAUACAUGCACGUGCCGUGGCAAAUGAAAACGUAUACGAGCUUACUGUUGAAGACCCCGUCCCAGCCUUUGCCAACUUACGCGACUUGGUCGAUCUCAAGAAUUGCGUCGAAAAUGGAUUUUUCUCGUUGUCUCCAGAAGCAAGCUCAGAUGCUAGUGGCACCGGGUGCAGACUUGCUACGAGACAUGCAAACUUGCGCAUUUGA